GAAGCGGGCUCUCCCGUCUCCGCCUCCGCCGCCUGUUCCGCCGCCGGCUCCGCCCCCGUUCCCGGGCUCGGGCGGGUGCUGCGGGAGGCGCUGGGAGAGGAGCGAGGGAUCCUGGGGCUGCUGAGGCGGCCCGGACAGCUUCAAGGGCCCCCUGAAGAGGCUCCUGUUCCACCGGCCAGUGCCCCCCUGAUCCAAGACAGCCUCCGAUUUCCCAUUCCCACACCUUGGCUGGAUGGAGAAGGAGGGUGCAAGGACAAGGAGGAUGCCACAGAACACCCAGGCAGAGAAAGAGCUGCAGAUGUAGGCCAGGGAGGACAAAUCCCUGUGGCAGAAUCUCAUGGAAGACGUCAUUUUGAGCAGCUCCACAGCACAGGAAUCGAAGGGGAAAGAAAAGCCCCGGAGAUCACGUGCAAGGAGGGGCUGCAAACGCAGAUCAUGGGGAUCUGAGGAGGAAAGACCAACCCUGGGCCGGGAAGGCGGCCAGGGAUCGAGCCAGAGCUUGGACUUGGUGGUCCAUGAGCAGCUUCAUGAUGGGGAGAAGCCCCACAAGUGUUUGGAGUGUGGGAAGAGCUUCAGCCGGAGCUCCAGCCUGAUUCAGCACCAGCGGACCCACACAGGGGAGCAGCCGUAUGAGUGUGGGGUAUGUGGGAAGAGCUUCAGAGUCAGCUCCAGCCUGAUCCGCCACCAGAUUAUCCACACUGGAGAACAACCCUAUGAGUGUGGGGAAUGUGGGAAGAGCUUCAGCCGGAGCUGUAGCCUCAUCCGUCACCAGGUGGUCCACACUGGGGAGAGACCCUAUGAGUGUGAUCAGUGCAGGAAGAGGUUUCAGCUCAGCUCUAGUCUCCUUGUGCACCAGCGCACACACACAGAGGAGAGGCCCUUCCGCUGCCCCGACUGCGGGAAGGGCUUCAGGCAGAACGCCCAUCUUGUCAGGCACCAGCGCAUCCACACUGGGGAGAGGCCUCACGAGUGUGGGGAGUGUGGGAUGAGCUUCAGCCGGAGCUCCCAUCUGAUCCGCCACCAGAGGACCCACACUGGGGAGCGGCCCUAUGAGUGUGGGGAAUGUGGGAAGAGCUUCAGACAGAGCACCAACCUGAUCCAGCACCAGAACAUUCACACUGGGAAGAGGCCCUACAAAUGUGGGGAAUGUGGGAAGGGCUUCAGCCAGCGUGCCAACCUGGUCCAGCACCAGAACAUCCACACUGGGGAGAGGCCCUACAAGUGUUCAGAAUGUGGGAAGGGGUUUCGGAUCAGCUCACAUCUCCUCAUACACCGUCGGACUCACACAGAGGAGAGGCCCUUCCACUGUCCCGACUGUGGGAAAGGAUUCAUGUACAAUUCCACCCUCAUCAACCACCAACGGAUUCACACAAAGGAGAGGCCCUUCCACUGCCCUGACUGUGGGAAGGGCUACAAGCACAAUUCCUCCCUGAUCACCCAUCGGUGCAUCCACACUGGGGAGAGGCCCUACGAGUGUCCACAGUGUGGGAAGAGCUUCUCACAGAGCUCAGCCUUGACCAAGCACCAACGGAGCCACCAGAGCUACAGCAACGAUCGGUGAAGUUUCGAAGGCUGGCAGUGAAAUGUCACUGUAAGAUCUUCCUCUACUUGGCUUUCGGCCCCUUCUUAAGAGCUCUGCCUUCGAGGGCAGGAACACCUUUUCCUCAGGGGGAACUGGAAUUCCAGACUCUUGGAGUGUGUGCCAUGCAGGACCAUACAGACUGGGAUCAUGCGGACUGGGAUCACAUGGACUGGGAUGGCUCCACCAGAACAAUGUGAACUGAGGCAGUCCCACCCUGCCGAGGGAUCCCUCCCAGUCCUGCACGGGAGCAUAGCCAAAACUCUCCAGAGUGAACACGGAGGUCCUGGAGGGAUCCCGGUGCCAAUCCCGUUCCCAGUUUUGGUCUCAGUCUCUGUCCAGGAGCACUCCCAGUGUCAGUUUCAGUCCCGGUCUUGGUCUCAGUCUCGGAGCGCUCCUGGAGCACUCCCCAGUGCUGAUUCCCGUCCUGGUGUUGAUCUCAAUUUCAACCAGCUGUGCUGGUCUCAGUUUGAGUCCCAGAGCGGUGCCAGUCUCGGUGCUGGUGCCGCUUCUGGUUUCAGUCUCCAUCUCAGUCUCGGUCUCUGAAUUGUCCUGGUUCUAGUGCUGGUACCUGUGCCAGUCUUGGUCCUGGAGUGCUCCCUGUGCCAGCCUCAGUCCCAGUCCCAGAGCACUGCCAGUCUCGGUGCUGAUUCCAGUGCCAGUCUUGGUCUCAGUCCCGCAGUGCUCCUGCCAGUCUCCAUCCUGGUCCCAGUCCCAGAGAGGUCCUGGUGCCAGUGCUGGUCCCAGUUCCAGUCCUAGUCCUGGUCUCGGAGCACUCCCGGUGCCAGUCCUGGUUCUGAAGCACUCCCGUAGCAAGUCCUGGUGUCAGUCUUGGUCUCAGUCUUUGUCCCAGUGCCAGUUCUGGUGCUGGUUUCAGUUUCGGUCCCAGUAAUUGUGCCUGUCCCAGAGUGGUGCUGGUCUUGGUUCUGGCAUCAGUUCUGGUCCCAGUCUUGGUCCCAGUCCCUGAGAUUUUAGGCCCAUUUGGGUGAUUUUAGGCCAAGCUGGGCAGGUUUAGGGUGGGUUUUAGAUCUCUCUGAGUGAUUUCAAGCAUUUUAGUGGGGAUUUUAGGUCCCUUUGGAUGACUUUAAACCCAUAUGGGUGGAUCUUAAGCCUUAAGAUCACAGUGUGGGUGAUUUUAGCCCCUUUUCUUGGUGAUUUUGGUUUCAGGAUUCAAACAGUGUUGUCUUUCCCCACAGCUGUUCCUUCAGCUGGAUUGGGAGGGCCUUUUGGCCUCUGGACCCACACUUUGGCUCCAUUAUUAGGACUGAUGGAUUCAAAUCCUUUAUCUCCAACAAGAGUGAUAUUUGUAGGUGCAUCUUUUUUCACAAUUGCUUUUAAAACUGCAAUGUCAAUAACUGUGCUACCCUGUCAUGGGGUUGAAUAAUCACACCUUAUUCAUUAUUGUUUAGUGACUUUAAUUACAUUAAUUACUUUAAUUCCUCCUUGAUAAUCUGCAUCAACUCCUCCCAUGACAUGAACACUUUUCAAAGCCAUGCUCCAGCGAGCAGUUAUCAAACCAAAGUGUCCUGGAGGAAUUGGAAUUCCUAUGUCAGUAUUGAUAAUUCUCAUUUGCUUUUGAUUUAUCCUAAUUAAUUAUAAUGCAUGAAGGUCCAGCCCUGCAGCCUCUAGGAGGGCCCUGUCCAGGGCCAUCAGACCAGAAUAAUUUCUCAGGAAGUUAAAGCAUCACUGUUCAUAGUUGUAUUUGCAAAUUGGGUGCAGCCAUGCACAUCCAGGGGGUUUCCAUUUCCCAGGGGGCCCUUUGUACCCUUGGUAAAGUUAUAAAGUACAUCUGUGAGAUGCGUUCUCCAUGGGGGCAGAUUCCCAUCUCCUCCUUUUUUCAACUGCUCUUUGAAUAAACCUUUUACCCAUUCAAUCAAUCCAGCAGAUUGUGGAUAGUCUGGUGUCUGAAAAACACAGCAGUCUUAAUCACUGUAUUUUUCACAGUAACAGACAAAGCAUUCCAUGUCACAGCAUCAGCAAACGCCAUAAAAAUAGCCAAUUUCAUCCGUUCCUCCUUUAUUUGUAUACAAAUAUAUUGUUGUAUACAAUCUCACAAAGUUUACCAUUGACAUUCAGG